AUGAGCAAGAAAGUGCCGCCUAAAUGGAAGAAUACACCGAAAGGACGCGGCGCCCAAAAUACGAUCUCCGUGCUGCAAUCAUGGGCCAGAAAAACCGAAAUUGACGCAAAACAAAGAGAGCGAGCUCGAUCCGGUGUGCCCGAGACAGUAACGCUAGAGGAUGAUGAGACGCUAGACUUUGAAGAGAUCCGCUCGACCAUGAGUGUAGCUUCAGCGGCUACGGCUCCAGGCACCAGCACCCCAAUUUCUUCCGCCGACGUGCCGAGACGUUUUUCCAGCACACCUACCGACUUGCUGAAGGAAAGCGGCGCGUUGCCUGACAAACUCGCCGAGAUUCGGUUUCCCAUCUCGGAAAUUACGCGACGUUGGGAACGCGAUGCAGUGCAUGUGUUGGCACGACACAACGCAGCCGUCGCCUACCCCAAUGAUGCCAACGGGGCAAACGUCGCCGCGAUGCUGUUCUUCAAUUUUCUGAGGUGGUUUCCAAACGGCCGUUGUGUUUGUACGACCCACCAGGCCCAACACGCGGACGCCAUCCGAGAACGCUGUCGGGCCGUUGGUAUUGCCGAGCAGGACAUCACGACGCUAGCAAAAGUCUGCGAGCAAAAUCAGGAAAUUGCCGCAACGUUUCGCUGCUUGGUGCUGGUGUUCGAGAGCCCCGGCGAGGCGAUGACAAAGUAUAAAAAGUCGGUCGACAUUAUCAACAACAAAUUGAAAAUUCUUUGUCGCUUCGCCGUGUUAACGCCAAGGCCUUCUAGCGGCAAAGCGAAGAGUUCGGCCGUUGGCACGAGACAAAUUUUGAUCACGAAUCUGGGGCUUGGCGAAUGGACGCAGUUUGGCUUUACCGAGAUGGAGUUUCGCGAUUAUUACGUCGAUUCACGCGUUGGGGCCGAUUACUGGGACGAAAGUGCCGUAAGCAAAGAGCAGGAAGAAUGGGCCGGUCGUUGGCGGCAGAGUGCCUCAGACUUGUUGCGCCAAACUUCCAAAGAGCUCCAGCAGCUGCCCUCCGUCGAGCCACAAGAAUUGUUCUAUGCCGACUGGAGCUUGGUGGAAGCGGCAAAUCCGGGCAAAUCAAUCCGGUCGGCCGUCUUUGCCGUUGAAGCCUACCGGAAUUUGGUGCUCAGCGGACCGAGGGCCUUCUACCUUUUUUGUUAUGGAAGCGUCCGGAGGAGCGCGGGGGACUCGGAGGAGAUACAGAUGCUGCUAGCUACAAAUGACGGCUUCAGAGGCGUCUACGAGGCCAUUCAUAAGAAGUACCGAUACUGCAUUGAAGACGAAUAUGACAUCCGAUUCAAGCACGCGUCGCUCAGCUCGCACCCAAAAUGGUUGAGGCUCCGGAAGAUUGUCGAAGACUUUAUUUUAAUUGGUCAGUUUUUUGAGGCGUGU